UGAUAAAUCAUGUCUGGCCGCAAUUUGGAAACACUCCUCCGCGGCUCCGCCUCUCCGUUGAAAAUAAUCAUCCAAACGAUGACGUCUCUUUGAAAAACAAAAACCCCACCACAUUCAAAAACUUCCAAAAAUUCCCAAUUCUCUCUUUCUCCCUCUCUCUCUGGUGCUUGUUUGUUUGUCCAGAUUCUAAAGCCAACCUCAGAGUCAGAUUCUCUCUUUCUCCCUCUCUCUCUCUCCGGUGCUUGUUUGUUUGUCCAGAUUCUAAAGCCAACCUCAGAGUCAGGGACAGAGAGACUCCUUGAUCUUUUCUUCGUCGACCUCCCAAAUCGCGCGCAAUCCUCCACACCCCGCUCCCCGAUCGGGACGAAAUCUUCCCAAUUCCCCUGUUUGGUAUCCGAGAAAACUUGAAGCUUUUCCCUUUUAACUUCUUGUCUUUAUUCACAAAGCCCAUUUGGCUUAAUUUCGAAGAUGGAAGAAGUGUGUCUGAAUAGCGAGCCGGUUUUCGAAGAAGUUGAUGAUGAGUACGAGGUUGAUGGAGAUUGCCCCGUGGCUGAACAUGAUUACCAAAUUGGGGAAACACAAAGGAAGAAGCAUGCCCCACUCCCAACUGUGGGUUUGGAGUUCGAUUCCUUUGAAGAGGCUUAUGAUUUCUACAAUGUUUACGGAAAAGAGCAGGGGUUUGGAAUCAGAGUGAGCAACUCGUGGUUCAGGUCGAAGAGGAAAGAGCGGUACAGGGCGAAAUUGAGUUGCAGCAGUGCAGGGUUCAAGAAGAAGAGUGAGGCCAACAACCCGAGGCCCGAAACAAGGACAGGUUGCUCCGCCAUGAUUGUGAUCAGGCUGGUGGACUCACAAAGGUGGAGAAUAGUUGAAGUGGAGCUUGAACAUAACCAUCAAGUCAGUCCACAGAUCAAGAGGUUUUACAAGUCUCAUAAGAGGAUGAUUCUUGCUGCUAAAAAGGCACAACUUCCUGCACAGCCUGUGACAGAAGUGCAUACCAUCAAGCUCUACCGAACAGCUGUUAUGGAUUCUGCGUGUAAUGGGUACUCGUCGGGUUUUCAGGAAAGGGAGGGUAUGAGUGGGGUGGACCACUCCAAGCAUUUGGAGCUCAAAGAAGGAGAUGCUCAUGCGGUUUACAACUACUUUUGUCGGAUGAAGUUGACGAACCCGAAUUUCUUUUACUUGAUGGAUGUGGAUGAUGACGGGCGUUUAAGGAAUGUAUUUUGGGCUGAUGCCAGGUCCAGGGCUGCUUAUGGUUACUUCUGCGACACGGUUGCUAUAGACACGACAUGCUUGGCAAACAAAUAUGAGAUCCCACUGAUAUCGUUUGUUGGUGUGAAUAACCACGGGCAAUCCAUAUUGCUGGGAUGCGGCUUUCUUGGGCAUGAGUCAGUGGAGUAUUUCAUUUGGAUGCUCAGGGCAUGGUUAAAAUGCAUGCUAGAGUGCCCUCCACUAGUUGUUAUUACCGAUCAGUGUAAACCUUUGCAAACUGCAGUUUCCGAGGUUUUCCAAAAUGCGCGUCAUUGUUAUUGCCCGUGGUAUAUAAUGCAGCGAGUUCCAGAGAAGUUGGGAGGACUGAAGGGAUACGAAGCAAUCAAAAGACAGUUGAAUAAAGCAGUUUAUAGUUCCUUGAAAAUUGCCGAGUUCGAAACUUCUUGGGCUGACAUGAUCAAGCGGCACGGACUUGGAGAUAAUAAAUGGCUUCAGACACUGUAUGAAGAACGACAAAUGUGGGUUCCGGUUUACUUGAAGGAUGUAUUUUUUGCAGGAAUGAUCCCUAUCCAUGAAAAUGAAGGCUUGACUUCUUUUUUUGAUGGUUAUGUACACAAGCACGCAUCAUUUAAGGAAUUUGUUGAUAAGUACGAUCUAGCUCUGCAUAGGAAGCGAAUGAGGGAGGCAACAUCGGAUCUGGACUCGAGAAAUUCGAGCUAUGAAUUGAAAACGAGAUGCAACUUUGAGGUGCAGCUGUCUAAAGUAUACACAAAAGAGAUCUUCAAGAGGUUCCAGUCUGAAGUUGAGGGGAUGUACUCCUGUUUCAACACAAGGCAGGUCAAUGUCAAUGGGGCAAUAGUCACGUACAUUGUCAAAGAAAGAGUUGAAGUUGGGGGAAGCGAAAAGGAAGUUAAGUACCAUGAGGUUUUGUAUGAGACAACACAAGUGGAUAUAAGAUGCAUUUGCAGUUUGUUCAAUUACAAAGGCUAUCUUUGCAGGCAUGCUUUGAAUGUCCUUAAUUACAACGGCGUCGAGGAAAUCCCGUCGCGGUAUAUUUUGCCUCGGUGGAGUAGAGAUUUUAAGUGUAGGUAUCUUCUAAAUCACGGCUCCAGUGAUUCCAUUGACAUGUACAGCCCGUUGUACUGGUAUAAUCAUCUAAAUAAGCUUGCCCUUCCGGUUGUGGAAGAAGGGGCACAAUCUCAAGAACGUUAUAAGACCGCGUUGCAAGAAUUAGACGCGCUGUUAAAGAAGUUUAAUAUUGUAGAGGAUAACUUAGUGUAACACAGGAUAAAUAUUUUUUAACUUAUCAACUUUGGAAGGAAUGCCAAGAAGUUUCUUUCCACAAAUGACUUUAUUUGGUAAAUAUGCUUGCUCUCUCUCUCUCUCACAUAGAGAAUA